AUGGAUAACAGUGAAAGAUUAUUUCAAUGGGCUAUUACCGAAUACGAAUUGAUCAAUAUUCCUAUAGGAAAAUUAAAAAAUAAGAAGAGGAUAGGAAGAGGAGCAUUCGGUUACGUGUAUAAAUGCAAUAUUGACGGAGAUUCUAGAAUGGUGGCAAUAAAAGAAAUAGCCGUUUCCGACGAAGAUAGCGAUAAAUCUAUUAAAUCCUUCCUUAAUGAG